UCUGAAGUUAGGCUCAACUUUGGUAAGACUAUAAUCUGUGGAUCAUGGAUGGCAGCAGAUGCGAGACUUCAGAGACACUGAGGAACAAGUGUGCAGCAUGCUACAGACAGUUCAACAAAAUGGAACAUCUAGUCGAGCAUAUGAGAAUAUCGUAUCACUCAAAUCACGAACCUAAAUGUGGGAUUUGUCAAAAGCAUUGUCGCUCCUUCGAGUCUCUUAGGGAGCAUUUGAUAGGGCCACUGCCAAAGGCUGAAUGUGAAAGGAUAUUCAGGGAAAGAGGAUGCAGAUUUUGUUUAACUAUUCUUAAUAGCCACCAUGCUCGACAAGUUCAUAAGGAGAGAUGCCAAUAUUCUCGCGGAAGUAAUGGACUUCUAUCUCAAAUGGCUAGCUUGCGCAUUAAAGAUGAGUUAAGGACUGACAAUAGCAAGACCAAAGUGGUUUCGCUUUCUUGCAAAAUGGUUGGCGGUGGCACAGAUGGCACCAUGGAUCUCUGCGCAAGAGUCUGCCUCAUUGAUGAGCAUGAAAAGAUAAUAUUUCAAACUUACAUCAAGCCACUCAUUCCGGUCACAAAUUACAGGUAUGAUGUUUCAGCUAAGACUAUGUGUGGUUAUAUCAAUCAGAAAGUAUCAAAUAGACUUGAACUUUCUCAAUGUGUUAGGUAUGACACAACGGGCAUUCGGCAAGAAUUUCUAAGGGAUGCAAUGCCACUUAGGCAAGCUCAGAGAAAGAUUCAAGAGUUAUUAUGCAAUGGUGAACCAAUGCAACAAAUUCGAUCAAGAGGUGGAAAAGCUCAGAUCCUAGUUGGCCAUGGAUUAGAUUAUGAGUUGAAAUGCUUGGAAGUGGAUUAUCCUUCCAUAUUGAUCAGAGAUACAGCAACGUACCCUCCAUUGAUGAAAACAAGCAAACUCAGAAACUCACUGAAGUACUUAACAAAGGCAUACCUAGGAUAUGACAUUCAAACUGGAAUUCAAGAACCAUAUGAAGACUGCGUUGCAGCACUGAGGCUGUACACGAGAGUUCGCUCACAGGCUCAUAUAGCUGAAGGCUAUCAUCCUAUGGCUUCAGACCCACAAAACAGGAAUACUUUUGCAUCAAUGCGACAAAGUGAGCUUGAGAGAAUGACUCCACAAAAGAUGUUGGAACUAUCAAGAUCUGAUUAUUAUUGUUGGUGUUUAGACUCCAAACAAAGAGGUUGAGGCAUGGUUCUUCGUACAUCAAAAGGAUUAACACAUAAUUAUGGAGUACAAAUAUAAAUUAAUUAACAUGCAAAAUAAGAUAAAAAUAACGGCCACAUUGUAUCCUCUCUUUUAUCUUUCAAUAUAUAUAUACAUGCAUGUAUGUGACUUCUGAGGCUAGCACAUUAAAGACUUACAACAAGGAAGAGCACCAUAGAUUAGCAGAUGCAUGUUUAUGUUAAUUUUUGUCCCUCAAUCCUCAUUGUUUUCCCACUUUCUUUUAAGUACAAAAAAUCAUAUUCAAUGCAUAUACAGAUCCAAUUAAAAUUCAAGUCUGCUGAUUUGGCCCGUAUGCCAGGCCCAUGGAUUAUGGGCCGGGUCAGACAGUCUGAUGGGCCAUCUGGGUCUGGGCCAACAGCACGUGGGGCUAUCCAAAUUAGACUUUAGGAUAUCAUAUAAUGAAUAAGUAACAAUGAAUAAACAAGCGAAGAGAGUCUAGCUCAAGCGGGUUCAAUCCCCAUUGAAGUAUGUGCUUGUGUGGGUUAAAAUUGAAAAUUAGUAAAUAACAAGAGACAAAAAUUCAAAAAAAUCAAAUAAAAUAAAAAUGAAAGACCAAAAUUUAACUAACAAGUUCCAUCCGAAAAUAGGAACUCAAGAUUUUUUAUUACUCCCUCCAUUUAACUUCUAGUGGCGGGUACAUUGUAAAUAGGAAAAUUUCGAAAGAAUAUACUCUCUCUAUCCUUUAUAUUUAGUUACACUUCAUUUGUAAAUUACAAAUGAAGUGUAACUAAAUAUGACGAACAAAUGGAGUAAUUGAUUUACAAAGGAAGUAAUUAAUAAAUAAUUAAAAAAUAUAUUAAUAAAAAUAAUUACAAUACAAUAUAAAUCAUUAUAAC